UUCCUGUCCUGUCUAACCUAUGCCAUUUGAUAAGAAAUUUAUUGGAAUAACAAGAAGUUAAUUUGGGUAAAAAAUAAUAAACAGUUUGCACCGUUUACAAAUAUGAAGAAUGGAUGAGUUCGGAAAGCACUCGGCCUCGUAUCAGCUCGAUCAAGAAAUAUUAGACGCACGUGGUAUCAACAUGAAGGUGGAAGAAGUUGCAGGGCUCUCGACAUGCAAGUAUUCAGCAAGAGUUCAAGCUUUACAUCUCAGCGAUGAUGACCUCGCCUUCCUCAAGGGUUUACGGAGACGGAUCAAGAAUAGAUUAGCAUCACAAAACAGUCGUAGACGCAGUAUAGAACAUCUGCGUAGAUUGGCCAGAGAAUUAAGAGCGGUCCGAGCUUGUAGAGAGGACGUAUUAUCAGAACGAAGGAGUUUACUUGCUCAGAGAGAUGAGAUACGAACACAUUGUUUGAGAUUAAGAAGACAUCUAGUUCAGGUAUUAAGAGAUAGAUCUGACACAACAUUAGUGCCUCAAGAAGAUUUAGAAAUAGAUGAAUUAACAGAAGAAUCUCAAACUGUAAAACCGUCCAAUAGAAUGAAUGAGACCAAAUGUAACUUUAAAAAUAGAAUAGAAAAUUACCAAGAUGAUAUAAAGAAGAAUAUAUUUAAUGAUGAAAAGAUAUAUACAAAAAGUAAUAUGCUAGAAGAAGAUUUAAAUGAUAUGAAGAUAUUCGAGUGUCGUAUAGAUAAAUUGGUUCAGCAAAGCGUGAAUCAUAUAUUUAAAGAGGAUAAAAAGAAGAUAUGUGCAAAGACUAUAUUUAUAACGGAGAAUAUUCUAGAAGAGAGGAAUGAUGGUGUUUUGAAUUUGUCAGUAAAAGAAGGUAGGAGAAAGAGUCAUGGAAGGAAACAGUCUGCUCCGAGAAGGAUUCCUUAUGUUUACGGAAAUGACGGAGUACUCGAUUUAAAAAUAAAGAAAGAGCCACAGUGAUAGAAAAGACAAUAUAGUAUAUAAGAUGUUAUUUACACACGUAUGUACAGACCAAAAAAUAUUAUUAUAUAUUUGUAAAGUAUGAUAAUUGUUGAUACUGUUUUACCUACAGAGCUCACGUUUAGUAGGUUUCUGAGACUAAAAUCUGUAUAAUACAUAGUUAGGGAACAUACCCAUACUACGUGACAUAUUUUAUUUAGUUUUUUCGACCCCUCCCACCCCUCUUUGACCACUCGUAGUACAUGCCAAUACACUUCCCUCCCUUUAGUUUUUACGUAGUAAUUCAUAAUUAUGAUUUUAAAUCAUUUCACAGGCAAAAAUU